AUGGGUGACAUCCCUGGAACACCCCCCCCCGAACAGGCCACACCCAUUGUUCCCUACAAACGCGCGGCGGAUAUUCAUGAGUCUGAAAGGGCGAAAACUUUCGACGCGGUCCACAGGAGAGAGCACUUCAUCACCCACACCAUGUCCUCCAAACGAAAGUCGCGUCACAUCCAGUCUCCGGAAACUGAGGAUUCUGAAGAACAAUCACCAACAGCCCGGCACCAGCGACGCAGAUCCACCGUCCGACCCCCCACCACCACCAACGGAUUCGGGCACCCAUCCCAGGAGGACCAACUACUAUCCCCCACCGAGGACGGCGACAGCCCGGUACCACAGCCGCAAAAAUCAAAGAAGAGGAAGAACGAAAACGGAUCAUCAAGCACCACCCACCAACGAUCUAUGGAACGUACUCUCUCCCAACGAGCGGAGACUGUCGAUCUGAGCGACGAGGAUGAACGAGCACCCCCUGCGACUGGCCAGCAAACUAGUAGUAGUCUGGCCAUCUCCAAAGGUGUACGAGAUAGCCAUGGCUACUUGCCCGGAUCGAUUGUUCGAGUGGCCUUGAAGAACUUUGUCACCUACUCAAGCGUAGAGUUCUCGCCGGGGCCUUACCUCAACAUGAUCAUCGGGCCCAACGGAACUGGGAAAAGUACCCUGGUUUGCGCCAUCGUGCUUGGCCUAGGUUUUGCUCCGAGCGUUUUAGACAGGGCAUCGGAACUCAAGAUGUUCGUCAAGGCAGGCACCGAAGAAGGAUCGGUCGAAAUCGAAUUAAAAGGUCACCCUGGAAAGGGCAAUUACACCAUCAAGCUCAACAUGAUCCUCGCCAACAACAGUCGAGUCUUUGAAGUCAACGGCAAAAGAACACCAAUCGCUCAAGUACAAGAUCUUGUCAGAUCAUUCAACAUCCAGGCUAACAAUUUAUGCUGCUUCUUGCCCCAGGAGAAGGUCUCCAAAUUCGCCGAAAUGAAAGAGCCCGAGCUGCUGAGAGAAACGCAGAAGGUUGCAGGCCAUCCCAAGCUAUUCGAAUGGCAUGAGCUGCUGAUCGAAGACGGCAAAACCAAGAUUGCUGUCGAUGCUAAGCUGGCGACUGCCCACAGAGCUUUCAAAGAGACUGAGAAGGCAGUCGAGAACCUAAGCGUCGAAGUCGAACGGUUCCACGAAAGGCAGAAAAUAGAGCAACAGAUCGACGCCCACCAACUUGCCUUGGAACAAAACAAGUACUUGCGACAAAAGCUGCGACACGAUACCGCCAAAGCGCAAGUCGUCGAAGCCAAAGCUGCGAUUACCAGUCUCGAGGAGGAGAAUGCACCGCUGAAUGAUCAGAAGAAGUACUUCAAGCUACUCGCAGAUCAAUUCGAAGCGUGCAAGAAAAAGAUCUCAUCAGCCUCUGCCAAGUGUAAAACGGCCAUCACCAGAUUAGAGCCCUCUUUUAAGUCGACUAAGGCGAAGCUGGAAGAAUGCUCUGAAACGUUGGUUACUCUGAGAGACGAAGAAAAGAGACGAACGGAGACGAUACAAAAGUUACAAGCGGAAGUUAAAGCGUUAGCUGAGAAGAUUAAAGAUCCUGUGGAAGAACCGGAUCGUGGGCCCUUCCAGGAGGAAAUGCAAUCGUUAUCAACUCGUAUCCGUCAAAUUUCGAAUGAGAUCAUCAACUUUCAAAACCAGCAGAAAGAAGCCUACGACGAGCGAGGCAGGUUACAUGCACAGCAAAGUGCAAUCCAGCGAGACAUAACCAAAUUAGAGAGCGUUUCGGGCAGGAAAGAGGAAGAUCUCAACCGUCAUGGCCCUAAUAUUUACAAAGCGCUCCUGAUCAUGCGAACAAUGAAGGCUGAAGACCGAUUUCGUGGAAAGGUAUUCGAACCCGUUCGGCUCGAAGUAUCCCCCAAACAUCCGUCAUUUGAUCGGGCGGUCGAGGCCUGCUUGCCCAGGGACUUGUUGAAUACGUUCAUCUUCACCGACCCGCAUGAUUACGAAUUGAUGGCAGAGCGAUGCAACGAUCAAGAAAAGCUCCGUGUCAAUCUGGCAUGUAUGAGCCCGGGUGACUGUCUAUCGAAUUAUCAGCACCCAAUUCCUGUAGAGACACUCAAACAAAUGGGCCUUGACGACUAUGUGAUCAAUCUCAUCAAUGGUCCCGAUGAAGUACUCGCUCACAUUUGCAAUCAAAGUCGACUCCACAUGGUGCCUAUAGCACACAAUCCUCGCACCCAGCUAGAUGAAACUAGAUUUCAUGACCGAAAUUUUCCAAUUAAACGUUGGAUUCAGGGUACCACUCUUUUCAACAUCAGUUAUUCAUCCUAUGGAUCUCGAGAAAUGAUCGUCAGAUCUUCGGAGCUCUACCCCCCCAAGAUCCUCAACGUUGCAGGCGUGGAUCUUGGCGUUGUCCGAGAAAAGAAGGCUGCCCUUCAAACUGUCCUUGAUGCUGCGGCUGAAAAGGAAGAAGCGGUCGCCAAGCUCAGAGCCGACGAAUCGGCUCUCAGAAACGAGCACGAUUCCUUGAUGAAGCGGAAGAAGGAAGUCGAAGCCGCCUGGACCGAGGCGAAAGCUCCGUAUCACGAGUUUAUCAAACACGCCAUGGCCCACAAAAACAAGGUCGCUUCGCUUGCAAAAGAGAACGCCAAGCCGACGAUGGACCAAGAGCGCGGAAGGCGAAAGGCUGCCCUCUUGGAAGCUUCCAAGGCCCAUGUGGCAGUCGUUGUGAAGAUGAAAAACCUGACUAGCCAAAUGUCGCGUUUCAGCACCACUCUUGUCACGCUGAAUCUACGGAUACAUCAACACGCCACAGACCAAAAGGCGUUUGAGGAAUUGUUCAAAAGCAGGAAUUCGGAUCUGUUGGAGGCCAAGGCGACCUAUGAGCAGAAUGAAGCGAACUUGAAAGAACUGUUCAAGCAAGCCAAAGAUACUGCCAAAGAACUGCGCAAGACAAUCGAAUCAUCUCCCCAAAUCGUCCAGGACAUUCUAACGGGUAUGAACGGCCCCCUGACCCAAGAAAGAGAGGAGUGGCAAGAGGCAGGGAUGGAGGGCGAAGAACUGUUGGAUAAACAACGCGAAGAAAUUAAGAAACGAAUCUCUGCUGCUCAGAUGGAGCUCGAAGGCAUUCACCCAGUCGAUGCCGCCACCGUCGAUCGUUACAACCGUUACGCUGCAACUCUGGAAAGGGAGAAAACCGAAUUAGAAGGCCUCGAGAAGGAAGCCAAAAAUUGCCACAAACAGAUCACGAAGACCUAUGACUUGUGGCGCCCCCGGCUGGACGAGCUGAUCAGCAACAUUGACGAGAAAUUCGAUACGGCCUUCAAGAAAAUGGGAUGUUUGGGUCAUAUCGUGAUUGUGGAGGACCCUGAUUACGAGAAAUGGGGCAUCGAGAUCCAGGUCUCUUUCCGGGACAACGAACCAUUGGUCAGGCUAGACCCGCACAGACAAUCGGGCGGUGAACGCUCGUUGUCCACAAUAAUGUAUUUGAUGUCGUUGACCGAGCUCAGCAAGUCGCCAUUCUCACUCGUCGAUGAGAUCAACCAAGGCAUGGACCGCCGAUCCGAGCGGCUCGUCCACGACCAGCUCGUCAACAUCACCUGCCGGGAAUCGGCCUCGCAGUAUUUCCUGAUCACGCCCAAGCUACUCUUCGGCCUGACAUACCACCCGCUGAUGCGCGUCUUGUGUGUCAAUAACGGUGAUUGGAUCCCCGCGGCCUUCAAGUUCGGGUAUUGGUUGGAUAAGGCUAAGGCUCACCGAGUCCUUGCCCACUAG